GCUUUAUCUCAGUUCCACCGCUUGUAAUAAAAAGCUGUGUAAUAUUAUUACCAACAUGUCUCCUUGAAUAUUGAAAAUAAUGGUUUCUCUCUUGAUCGUGUUUCCCUCUUCAUAACUUUGAAGAAUUUUUUGAAGUAUUUGAAAAGCAGAAGUUGACUGGUUAAAUGGAAUCGUGCAAUUGUAUUGAGCCACAGUGGCCUCCAGAUGAUCUGUUGAUGAAGUAUCAGUACAUAUCUGAUUUUUUCAUUGCCCUUGCCUAUUUUUCAAUCCCAUUGGAGCUGAUUUACUUUGUUAAGAAAUCAGCUGUUUUUCCAUAUAGAUGGGUGCUUGUACAGUUUGGUGCUUUUAUAGUGCUUUGUGGAGCAACACAUCUAAUUAAUCUAUGGACAUUUAGAAUACAUACUAAAACAGUUGAAGUAGUUAUGACCACUGCUAAAGUUCUAACUGCUGUUGUCUCUUGUGCAACUGCCCUCAUGCUCGUGCAUAUUAUUCCGGAUUUAUUGAGUGUAAAAACUAGAGAAUUGUUCUUGAAAAAUAAGGCUGCAGAGCUUGACAGAGAGAUGGGCCUCAUUCGUACCCAAGAAGAAACAGGGCGACAUGUUCGGAUGCUGACUCAUGAGAUCAGAAGUACUCUUGACAGGCAUACAAUCCUAAAGACCACUCUUGUUGAGCUUGGUAGGACUUUAGCUCUUGAAGAGUGUGCUUUAUGGAUGCCAACACGUACUGGGUUGGAGCUUCAACUUGCUUAUACGCUUCGUCAACAAAAUCCUGUUGGAUUCACUGUGCCCAUUCAGCUUCCUGUAAUCAACCAAGUAUUUAGCACCAAUCGUGCUGUAAAAAUCUCACCAAACUGUCCUGUGGCUAGAAUCCGGCCUAUCACAGGGAAGUACUCGCCCGGAGAGGUGGUUGCUGUGCGUGUGCCCCUUCUUCAUCUUUCAAAUUUCCAAAUAAAUGAUUGGCCGGAGCUAUCAACAAAACGUUAUGCAUUGAUGGUUUUGAUGCUUCCUUCAGACAGCGCUAGACAAUGGCAUGUUCAUGAAUUGGAGCUUGUUGAAGUUGUUGCAGAUCAGGUAGCAGUUGCUCUCUCCCAUGCGGCAAUAUUGGAAGAAUCUAUGAGAGCUCAACAACAGCUUUUGGAGCAGAAUAUUGCACUUGAUUUGGCUCGCAGAGAAGCGGAGACUGCCAUCCGUGCUCGUAAUGACUUUUUGGCUGUGAUGAAUCAUGAAAUGAGGACUCCUAUGCAUGCAAUAAUAGCCCUUUCCUCCUUAUUGCAAGAGACUGAGUUAAUUCCUGAGCAGCGUUUAAUGGUUGAGGCAAUUCUAAAAAGUAGUAAUCUCCUUGCGACUCUGAUAAAUGAUGUUUUGGACCUUUCACGGCUUGAAGAUGGAAGUCUGAAGCUUGAUAAUGAAAUAUUCAAUCUACAUACUAUGUUUAGAGAGAUUCUUAAUUUGAUCAAGCCCAUAGCAUCAGUCAAAAAGUUGUCAAUAACAUCAACUUUGGCUCCGGAUGUGCCAGAGUUUGCAGUGGGUGAUGAAAAACGUUUAUUGCAAGUUCUAUUGAAUAUUAUUGGUAAUGCUGUGAAAUUUACAAAAGAAGGAAGUAUCUUAGUUAAUGCUGUAGUUGCAAAAGCAGAGUCUUUAAGAGAUUCCCGGACUCCAGAUUUCAUCCCAGUAGCAACAGAUGGUCACUUCUAUCUGCGAGUGCAGGUGAAGGAUUCAGGACCUGGAAUCAACCCACAAGAUAUUCCAAAGCUAUUUACAAAAUUUGCCCAAACUCAAGCACCUGCAAAUCGAAAUUCUGGUGGUAGUGGGCUUGGCCUUGCCAUUUGCAAAAGGUUUGUAAAUCUUAUGGAAGGGAACAUCUGGAUUGAAAGCGAAGGUCUUGGUAAGGGUUGUACAGCUAUUUUUGUUGUCAAACUUGGUAGUCCUGAGCGAUCAAAUGGAGCCGUGGUCCCAAUUGCACCCAAACCGUUGCUGAAUCAUAUUCAGUCGAGCUUCUGUGGCCUUAAAGUUCUCAUUAUGGAUGAAAAUGGGGUCAGCAGAACAGUGACAAAAGGACUUCUGAUGCACCUUGGAUGUGAUGUCACAACUGUAUCAUCGAGUGAGGAAUGUCUUUUAGCUGUUUCUCGAGAAUUCAAGGUGGUAUUCCUUGAUUUGUAUUCGCCUGGAGCUGAUGGCUUUGAAGUGGCCGUUCAAAUACGAAAAAGGUUCUCGAAGCGUCAUGAAAGACCGUUAAUUGUGGCACUCACUGGGAGCACGGACAGGCUGACUAGGGAAAAUUGUGUUAGGGUGGGUAUGGAUGGUUGCAUUUUAAAACCUGUUUCUGUUGAUAAAAUGAGAAGUGUUCUAUCCGAGCUCCUAGAACGAAGAACUGUAUUUGAGACGCUCUAGUAAACUGUUGAAUGCUUGGAUCGAUGCCAUAAAGGAAGAAAGUAUUUGAAGAUUGUUGGCAUAACAAGAUAGUGAUACCGUCAUUCAUCCUUCUUUUUUCCGGUUUUCUUUUGUAAUCAAUUAGGUGCCUGGAGGUGUUGGUUUUGACAAGCAGUUCCCAGGUGCUUAUUUAUGUAUAUAUCACAGUUCACAGCAUUGAGAAUAACGCAAAUUAGCGCGUUAUCAAGCAAUGCUAAAUUGACAUAGCACUUGCAAAUAAUUCUAGUGAAAGAUAGUUGAUAGUUCCAAGAGCUAAAUUUGACA